AAGAGACGAGGGAUACUUUGCCGUAUCCUCCUCGGAGUUACAGUGGGGGGAGCUUGGUGAUGUUGGACGGUUGGGAAAAGUAACUCGCCCCAAGGGACUCCGGAGUCCUCCGAGACGACAACCGAGGGGAUGUUCGCGGGUGCCGCACGGGUUGCCUCAUCCGCAAAAUAAGACCAUAAAUCUUUUUUUUCCCCUUCCCCGCUGAAGAGGAAAAAGCUCCGCUCGGCUCUGUAAUACAGAGAAGCAAAGACAGAAGUGCCUUAAAGGAGAGAGUGAGAGAGAAGAGUAACGUCACGCAAAUCUGCAUCGAAGUAGAAAUGAGUCCGUUAAAGAAACAACGGGGGCGAUCUCCUUUGUCGUCCCGAGGCCGAGGGGGGCGAAGGCGAGCGGGCGCUAAGGCUCCUCAAGAGAAAGACCCAAAAAGAAUAAAGCGGGAGUCACCCGGCAAAACACCACAGAGCACACCCAGCACUUUCUCCAAGCAGAGCCCACCCACAGCAGCCGACCUUCACAAGGAUCUGACCGCAGACAACGAUGCCUCCAGGAGGGGAGAGUUGACCGGGCUGAGGAAACCGGUCGAGUCCGCCGAUAAGGAUGCGGUAAAGACAGCAAAAGAUGUGACGGCGUGCCAAAGCACGUCCAUCGACUCUGUAGCAUCCCCUACCUCUCCCGCCACGCCACACAGCAUGGCCACACCGCCCCUGGCCGCCAACCACAAUCCCAGCCCAGCCUCGGUGUCUAGCAGAAAAACAGCCACUUUUAAGGCUCGCGUUCCCAAAAAGAAAUACACGUAUGAGCACUUUGCCAGCAACGCCACUCCUCCCACCAUCCUUCCUACCUCCAGCCCUGCACCCACAGGCAACACUUCCUGCAAUAGCAACAGCAAAACCGGUGACAGUGUAAAUCUGACUCUGAAUAAUCUGAGGAACUGCAACAACGUUGGUCAUAUAAUUAACAAAAAAACAGAUGCUACUAUAAACACUACAAAAAAUAACACUAGCAUGGCCAAUAGCAGUGUAAAUAGCAGAAAUAAUGUGUACUCAGGUAAUCAGUCAUCAUUACAACAUGUGACCAGUAAAGCCACAGAACAUAAUGGGGCUCUCAGGACAGUAGCCACCCAAGAAAAAGAGUCCCAGGUGGGGGAGAAUGAAUCAGAGGGGGCCCCCAACUCAGUGCACUCUUCCUCCACUGACACAGCCAGUGAGCACUCCGCUGAUCUAAACGUGACAGAUGCAAACGGACCAAGCAAUCGAAAGACCCCCGUCCCCUCGCUGAACUUGCUGCCCAAGGGAGUUAGUGAUACUGGCGGGCUUGCUGAAGCACUUGCUAAAGGUUUGAAAAACCAGAGAGUGUUGGGUCGCCAGAUAAGGAGCUCCAUGGAGAGCAGUGUCUGCACUACAGUUCAAGGGGGGUUCAGGACAAGAGACUCAUACCCCCUGUCCCCAGUGUUCAGACCUGGUGUGGUAAGGGGGGUCAGUGGGGGUACUGUUGAAGUUCAACUCCAAGGAAAGGACACAAUUGUUAAAUAUCCUUUUAAUGGCGGAACUAUGAUGACAGCAUCAGGAUCUGGGGCCAUUGUCGAGUUAGUUUUGGAUGCCCCCCCACCCGGCAUGUCGCCUGUAGCGGUUAGUACCAAAGUGUGUGUACCCUUCGGUGGAGAGGAGGGGGGUCCUUUGCUGUACAGAGAGGGGGUUGUCUCUCAGGUGGACCCCCACCCCGGUGUCUCGUUCCCCUACCAGGUGGUCCUGAUUGAAGAUGGAGAGACCUUGGAUGGUGGCACUGGCCGUCAGGAGGGAGAAAAAAGUAAAGCUCAGACCGUGUGGGUUUCCCGACAGAAUCUGAGACUGCUCACCCCUCCCUGGGAUGUCCCACAAUUUGAGGGUGGGGGUGCGCGGGAGAGACAGCGGGACAGAGAAAGGGAAGAAAGAGAGUGGAGGGAGGAGAUGGAGGUGGAGAGAGAGGUUUGCCAGUUGAGUAGUGGAAUGGGUGUACUGGGAGGGGGAGCAAGGCUGAACCACGGCUUGUCUCAUCAAGGGGUUGCCACGGGGCAUCCCUAUGGAAACAUACAUCCGCCUCCUCAUCCCUCCACUGUUACUACUAGCGGGGGGGCCACCACGGUCUACUCGGACAGACAGAAACAGAAACAAGUCAACAUCCCAGAGGAAGAUGUUGAGGUAUCUCGUUUUAACAUGUCAGGACCACCCAAAACAAACUCUACCAUGUCACAGCAUAGAAAUAUAAUUUCAAAGUCCAGUAGCUACCACCCGUCCUCACCUCACCUCUCUGUAGUGAGAGGUUUGGGACCCCCUCAUUUCGCCACCCUAGCAAGCCCCCAGCCUCCUCCUUCACCUGCCUUACUCAGUUCCGAAAUGAACAGCACUCCACCAAAUCUACCUCCAACCAAGAUCACUCCCACUCAGACCCAGACACAAUUGUCCAUGGGGGGAACUUCCUCUACCUCUUCUCGCUCCAGGACACCCCUCUCGUUGGCUCAGCAGAAGUACAAGAAGGGCGACGUUGUGUGCACCCAGAACGGUAUCCGUAAAAAGUUCAACGGCAAGCAGUGGAGGAGGCUGUGCUCCAAGGAGGGCUGCAUGAAGGAGUCUCAGCGUCGCGGCUAUUGCUCCAGACACCUGUCGAUGAGGACCAAGGAGAUGGAGGCCGCUGGAGGAGGGGAGAGGGCCGGAGGGGGCAGCAGCUCAGGGACGGUGACACCGUCUGACCUGCGGGGCAGAGUGAGCAGUGAGUUCGAAUGGGAUGACACGUCGAGGGAGAGUAGCGAGACCAGUAGCAGGGGAGACUCCAGACCCCGCUUGCUCCUCCCUUCCGUCCUCCCCCAUGACCUGUCGGCACGCUUCGACUUCGACGAGUGUGAGGCGGCUACUAUGCUGGUGUCGCUAGGAAGCUCCCGCUCUGGUACACCGUCCUUUUCUCCCGUAUCCAAUCAGUCCCCCUUCUCCCCUGCCCCCUCUCCCUCCCCCUCCCCGCUGUUUGGCUUCAGGCCGGCGAACUUCUCCCCAAUUACCGCCUCCCCGGUUCUUCAACACCGGCGGCACAGGCAGCCAAGCGGCACAGGGGGGGGAGGGGGCAGCAAGGCGACGACCCCAGCCGGGGGAGGAGAGCGGGAGAGACACACUUCAGGCAUCCAGUUCCACAGCAACCUGACGUUUACGGUCCCGAUGAGCCCCAGUAAAAGAAAACCAGACGCACCCCCUCCACCGCACCUGCCCCUGCACCACCACAAUUACACGCCUAAGACAGAGCUGGAGCAGGGUGACCUCAACAACUCUUUCAGGGUCCUGUCCCCGCAAACACCAGCGUCACUUUCCCACACACCCACCCUCUCGCGGCUGAGGGUAGCCACCACCCCCUCCUUGAGCAGGCCCCCGUCCCUCACAGCCACAUCCCCUCCUCCUCUGCUAGUGUCCGCGGCACCUCCGUCCCCUCUGACCCCUGACGGAGGACCUCGUCGCGUGGUCCCUGUGUCCCAGCAGAGCUUGCGUGACUCCCCCGUCAUUGUGAGGAAUCCUGACGUUCCGCUGACAAAAUUCAUAGAGUGUCCCUUAGGAAAAGCAGGUGAAAAAGAAGGAGGGGUCGAACCUCCUUUAACUAAAGACAACGGCAUAACCCCCUUCACACCCCAACCGAUUUCUGGCCUCCAGGUUCCCGUACCCAUCAACGCUGCAGCAGCCACAAUCCCCAAUGGCACCGUCCUUUUGCGAAAUCCACCACAAACUUUGCUGCUCGUGUCACCUUCGCCGUCCUCUCUACCCACCUCGGACACCCCCACCAGCGCCCACCUGCAGGCCCUCUCAGUCACCGUCAGCACAACCGUCGCCACCCCCGUUCCAUGCAGCGUGGACAGCUCUGGGGGAAGAGGGCAGAACCGGGGCUUUGAGGGCGGGGUGCAGCAGCCGGUCCCCUGCCACCCUUCCCCCACGGCGCUGCUGCCCCUGAUCCUACCUGUGGAGAGCCUUCACCCCGCACCGCGAAAGGACAUCAUCAUGGGACGACCUGGCACAGUUUGGACCAACGUGGAGCCUCGUUCCGUUCCAGUUUUCCCCUGGCAUUCUUUAGUGCCCUUCCUGGCACCCACUCAAUCAGACCCCACCUCGCAGCCAGGGGAGGGCCAGCACCCUCUCAAUCACACCCACGCAGCCACCUUAAAGACAGACUGUCAGAUGGGUGUGGGGCCACCACCUGAACCUGCCGAGGCCCCUCAGAUUUUGGAGAGGGGUCCCCUGGCUCGGCAUGCCGCUGCACCCGAGGAGCCGGAGAAGGAGAAAGUGGACGGGGAGAGGGACAGGCCUGACAGCGAGACGGAGAGCGAUGUGGACGACCCCUUCCUCCCUGGCGUUGUGCCAGAGCAGCCCAUCUCUUCGUCACCUGUUAAGCGACGUACCCAGUCCCUCAGCGCGCUGCCCAAAGAUGGGGACAAGAGCAGCCCCGGAAAGCGGGAAAAGGACCACAUCCGGCGACCGAUGAACGCCUUCAUGAUUUUCAGCAAGCGCCAUCGAGCGUUGGUGCACCAGCGACACCCCAACCAGGACAACAGGACCGUCAGCAAGAUCCUGGGCGAAUGGUGGUAUGCCCUCGGACCUAAAGAGAAACAGAAGUACCAUGACUUGGCCUUCCAGGUAAAAGAGGCCCACUUUAAGGCCCACCCUGACUGGAAGUGGUGCAACAAAGACAGGAAGAAGUCGAGCUCUGAAGGACGUGGCGUCCCUGGGGGAAAAGAUAUCCGUGAGAGGAGCAUGUCUGAGUCCACAGAACCACAUUCUGUGGAAAUGAAGGGAGUGGUGGGUCCGGGUCUGGCUGCCAUGUCUGAGAGGAGUCAGACGGCAGAGGGACAUCUGAGCCAGCUGACACGUCCCAGAGCCUUCUCCCAAAGUGCCGUGCACAGCAUGGAGAGGGGCGACAGGGGCAAUACACAAGCCCUGGCAGAAUUGGCACAGAUGUGUGGGGACGGAGGCAGCCAGUUUUCCAGCCACGCUCCACCCCUGUCACAGUCCCAACGGGGCGUCAGCGAGGACAUGACCAGCGACGAGGAGCGCAUGGUCAUCUGUGAGGAGGAGGGAGACGAUGAUGUAAUCGAGGACCCUUAUCCGAGCAGCUCUAUUGACCUUAAGUGCAAGGAACGAGUGACCGACAGCGACAGCGAGAGAGGUUCUGGCGACGAGAGCGCUCAAAAGCGAGUCUUCGGUCCUGUCAUCUGCUCCACGGCAUCCUUAUCAUCCUCGCAUCACAGCAGGAGCGUGUACUUGUCCUCUUAUCCGGCCAGCAAGCGCUACGACGAAGGGAGAUCAGGGGUUUUUUCAGACCCCAGGAAGAGGGGAGAGGCAGAUGUCAAGGAGUCUUUUGGGGGUGAGGUUGGAGCGGUGCACGCCUCCCCUCUCUCCCUCUCCUCUGGCCAGUCAGUUAUCUCUUCAUCGCCUUCGCACCUCGGCAUUGGCACCGUGCGAGUGGCGUCCACUGUAUUGACCAACGUGAUGCGCCCUGUCAUCAGCACGCCGCUCCCCAUCGUCAGCAAACCCAGAGAUGGUGGCGCCUCCUCCAGUCCUCACCCGCCCGAGAGGAAACCCAUGACCCUUCAGCAGCCACAACUUUUGAUUGGCUCGGGACCAGCAUGCAGCGCCCCAGCCACACCCAGUGGCUACUCCUCCUCUCCGUCGCCCAGCCCCGUAGGUGCCGGGGUGGUGACUAAUUUAGUGCUAGGCGGCGCGCUGUCAGGGAAGCCUGCCGUGCAGCUCAUUACCCCGUCCCCCCAGUCUCAGCCCCCGUCCUCCAACAGCCACUCCAACGGCCCCCUGCCCCUCCUCCAACCCCAAUUCCUUCCCACUUCCUCCCUAGUGCCUCCGGGGGGUAAGGCACAGGUCCAGUACAUACUACCCACCCUCCCCGCCAACCCCAAGAGUCCGCCGCAGCAGCUCUGUCAGCCGACCAGUAUCUUCAACCUGCCUGCAGCUCCGCCCACGCACACGCCAUUGGCCAAUGGGAAGCAGCAGGGUCAUAGUUCGCUCGUGUGUUAUUCGCCCAGCCCAGGAACAAGAGUGCAAACACAGUCUCCGGUGCUCCAGGGUAAAAUGGUGGUCCCCAUGGCAAUGGUACGCACUGCGCCGGCUCCCACCCAGCAGUUUCCCAUCGUGGCCCCGCCUCUUCCUGUCCAGAAUGGCACUCAGGCAGGAAGCAAGAUCAUCCAGAUUGCACCCAUGCCUGUGGUCCAGUCGCAGCUGCCUCAAGGAGGGGCGGUCAAUCCCGUCAGCCCCUUUCCCGUGACAAUGGCCACGGCUGCCGUCGUGGCUCCAGGACCCACGCCCCCCUCACAGGCUGUUCUGUUGCCACCCCCAACCACCAGGAUCACCUACAUGCAGUCCACUCCAGGGGUGCCAUGCUCUCUGCCAAUGGUGUCCACUGCAGCGGCGCCCUCGUCCUCCUGCCCCUCUCAGCAAGCGCUGCCUCUGCCCGGCUCCGCAUACGUGCCACCUUCCCUCGCCACCCUCGGCUUCACGACCAUCCCGCCGCCUGGCCAGACGCUGGUUCAGCCACUAAUCGCCGGUCAACCGCCUAUCCUGGCCACAGCUCCAUCUCCACAGCCCCCCAGCUCCAUCCCCGUCUGCGGUUCCGGCGGCCAGGUCGUCACCGCCAUCUACCCUCCUUCGCAGAGCAUCACUAUGGCAGCCGGGGUGGUCUCCAUGGCGGCCGUCUCCUGCCCCUCCAGCGCUUCCGGCCACAUCGUGGCCAAACACACGGCGCCCACCGCCAUUGCGGUCGCGCAGCCACAUCCAGAGCGCCACCUGCCUGGGGACAGAGCUGCUGACAGGCAGGCAGAGAGGCAGAUGGAAGUGUUGAUGCAGCCUGAGCGCCAGGUGCAGAGCUCCAUAAGUAGCAGCUCAGCAGCGCGUGCCAGUGGGCCCACUGUUACUGCAAGGCCAUGCAGUCCUGCACUUCAAAUCCAAACACCGGUAAGCACACCCAACACACUCAAGCUCAGCCAGCUCCCAACCAGACCGCCCCAGAAGGUGAAAGCCACGCUGGCCAGCAUCCCGGUGGGCAGCUACGAGGGAGGGGGUCGCGGUAAGGACCGUGAAAAGGAGCGGGAGAAAGAAAGGGAAAGAGAGGCCACCGCAGCCACUGCCGCAUCCAACAGUCACUUCUCCUUCGACCCGGAACCGCCAGGACCCACAACGGCAUCUCCCGCUUCGCAUUCGGCAGAGGACCCUGCGUCCUGUGACGGCACUGCAGAAACAACCAGAGAGGCUGGAUGGAAGGAAUCCCUCCCUUCCUCUCCUCUACCGCCUCCAUUAGCCACCGAGCCCACCCUGCCGCCCCCCCACACCGACAAAGACGAGCCGGUGCCAAAGAAGAUCAAAGUCCGCCCGCCGCCUCUGAAGAAGACGUUUGACUCUGUGGACAAGUCGGGAAGGGUGCUGUCGGAGGUCUACUUCGAGGAGCGCUUUGCCGAGCUGCCCGAGUUUCGGCCCGAGGAGGUGCUGCCGUCGCCCACGCUGCAGAGCCUCGCCACGUCGCCCCGCGCCAUUCUGGGCAGCUAUCGACGCAAGAGGAAGAACUCCACAGACUUGGACUCGGCCACUGACGAUCAAGUCUCUCCAAAGAGGAAGAGUCGGCGGCGCUCCAGCUGCAGCUCUGAGCCCAACACGCCCAAAAGCGCCGCCAAGUGCGAGGGCGACAUCUUCACUUUCGACCGACCAGGCACAGAUGGCGAGGACAUCCUGGCUGAACUGGAGUUCGACAAAGUGCCGUACUCGUCGCUGCGUCGGACGCUGGACCAGAGGAGGGCGCUGGUGAUGCAGCUGUUCCAGGAGCAGCAGGGCUUCUUUCCAUCAGCUCAAGCCACGGCUGCCUUCCAGACUCGGUACUCGGACAUAUUCCCCACCAAGGUGUGUCUGCAGCUUAAGAUCAGGGAGGUCCGGCAGAAAAUCAUGCAGACGGCCACCCCGGCCGACGCCGCCUAUCUCCCCGUCCCCGCUGACUCGUUGCCCGGACCGUCUGGCGCCCAGUCAGCGGACGGGCCGGGAAGAGAAGACGAGGACGCCGAACCCGGGACCGAGGAGGAUCCUGGCGACUCGCAGGACUCUUCCAGAUGAGGACUUUUUGCCACAACGUGGACUCGUAUUCCCAUCUCUUUGAGAUGUCUGUUUAGAACAAGAGUACCAAAAUGAGAAAAAAAAGAAAGUUCGAGAAACCGUGGUAACUGUAUUAAGAUUUCAGAAUAUUAGAUUCUCCGGAACUCUCCCACGGAUGUUCGGAAAGGCCAAAUGUGUCCAUCGGCUUUAAAAAGACGAAAACCUUUCUUCUUGAUUUGUUUUGAAUAAUGUUAGAGAGGCAAAUGCAUCAUCAUUUUUUCCCUGGAUGUGGAAUCACUUCCAGUUAGCUGACAUUCUGGGGGGCUGGGACCCUCAAAGAUUGUUUUUUUUUUUUUUUUUGUCCAUCCCACUGACCCGAGUGGGCAUUUUUCCACCGUUUUGUGACCAACAGACCACUUCAGGAGCGCUCUUAAAAAAGCGAUUGCAGAAUUGACAGAAAGUGAGUGGACUUCUGGCUGUGCCAUCUUUCUCGCUGGUCCCUGCAUCGUAGUCAGAAGGAAGCAAACAUUCCCGUGCCUCUAAUUGGUUACGCAUGAAGGAAGUAGGUUGGUCCAUGGUGGCCAUUUUACUCUACUACUUAUGUUUUUGCCAACAGUUUAGUUUUAUGGACUUUUAAGCAUUUUAAAUUUCAAUAUUGUGUUGGCUCCUCCUGUGACUUUUGUUAUUCCUCAGUGCUCUCGAUGCUCUUCCUUUGGAGGCAUGUACUGUUCCCUUUCCUUUUUUUUCUUUUAACACAUUUCUAGACCCGGCGGGCGACUGGUUAGAGCGUCUGCCUCACAGUUCUGAGGACCGGGGUUCAAUCCCCGGCCCCGCCUGUGUGGAGUUUGCAUGUUCUCCCCGUGCCUGCAUGGGUUUUCUCCGGGUACUCCUGUUUCCUCCCACAUCCCAAAAACAUGCAGGGUAGGUUAAUUGACGACUCUAAAUUGCCCGUAGGUGUGACUGUGAGUGCGAAUGGUUGUUUGUUUGUAUGUGCCCUGCGAUUGGCUGGCAACCAGUUCAGGGUGUACCCCGCCUCCUGCCCGAUGAUAGCUGGGAUAGGCUCCAGCGCGCCCGCGACCCUAGUGAGGAGAAGCGGCUCAGAAAAUGGAUGGAUGGAUUUCUAGACCCGCCUCAACAAUCACUCUCCUUUUAUCCUUUCCUUUUGCCGCCUUUUAUCACUUUAUGCCUCUCCUCCCUCCACACAGUCACAAUCCAAAACUGUUGGGACAGAAUAAUUGAGCUUUGUACAAAAUUGGUUGGUUAUAUACAGUAAGCAUCUACCAUAUACAGACAUAUGAAAGAACAAAAAAUGGACAACAUGGAGAAGGGAAAAAAAAGCAAUUAUAUGGCUUGUUUUUGUGUUCAUGUUUGGCUGUUCCAGUAUCCAAGAGACACAUUUCUAUGAAUAAUUUUAAGUUUGUAUCUGUAAAGAAUUUGUAUCAGUAUGCCAAUAAAGCUAGGUGGUCAAUUUAAAAAAAGUAAUAUUGUGGUGAAUGAAUUCUAAAGGAAGCAAACUACAUUUAUUGAUUUAUUUACACCCCUUUUUUGUCAAGCUCUCCAGCUAUCACAUCAAAAUACAAAUUAUAGUAAAAAUUAUUUAAAAAGUCACAUAAGGUACAUGUAUUCACAUGGACACUCAAACCCCUUUAAAGUUCAUUUUAAGACUCCUCAUUAACAGUUCAACAAUUUCAUGUUUUCCAUUAAAACACAUUGAUCAUUUAUACACGUUUUCAAACAAAGAGUAUUUUUUUCUUUUUUCUUUUUUAAAUAGACAAAGUCUAGAAUAUA